CUCCCGUGGGUUCGGCCCCCGCCGCGCGGCUGCCAUGGGGGCGCGGCUGGGCCGGCGUGCCCGGCCGGUGGCGGGCUCCCAGGCCGGGGCGGCGGCCAGCUGCGGGCCCGCGCCCUACGAGCGCCGGGUGCGGUGGCUCCGCGAGAUCCAGUCCACGCUCCGCGAGCGGCGGCCGGAACGCGCCCGGCAGCUGCUGCGCCUCCUGCGCCAGGACCUGGGCCUUGAGGGGACCCUCCUUACUGACAUCCUCUACAGAGAUGUGGCCUUCCUCAACCUGGUUGACCCCAUCUCCCAUGACCUCCUUGUGAACCUGGCCCGGGACCUGCAGUGCCCCAAAAAGGACUACGAGCUUUGGAAGUCCUCCGACAAGAUCUGCCGACAGCUCAUCUACCACCUCACGCCCCACUCGAAGCAGCAGCAAGGGUCCAGCCUGCGUCAGAGGAAGACCCAGAGCUGCCUCAAGAGCAGCCUUCAGAAGACUCCGCUGACAGGGGAGACUGUGGACCUCUCAGGCAUCCCGCUGUCGGCGUGGGACGUGCAGCACGUCGCACGCCACUUGGGCAGCCACGGCGCUGAGCUGGCAGUGCUGGACCUGAGCUUCACAGGGCUGAGUGACGAGGGGCUGCACCUGCUUCUGCCCAGCCUGUGGGCGCUGCCCUGCCUCACCCAGCUCCUGCUCAAUGGCAACCGGCUGACGCGGGCUGCUGCCCGCGAGCUCACCGAGGCCAUCAAGGACACCACCAAGUUCCCUGCACUGGCCUGGGUGGACCUGGGCAACAACGUGGAUGUGGCCUCCCUGCCCCAGCCCCUGCUGGUGGGCCUUCGCCGGCGGCUGAGCCAGCGCACCUCACUCCCCACCAUCUACGAGAGCCUGGACCUUGAGCCUGAGGGCGGUGUGGCCGGGACUACCACCCCUGCCUCCAGCUGGGACUCCACAGCUGCUGGGCUGGGACCCGAGCCUCAGGUCUGCUGCGCCAGGUGACCCACCACCCACCUGGCUUAUUGCUACUGACUUGUGAUGCUCUCAAGCACAUGGGAUAGUGGGCGAUGAAGGUCGAGGAGGAUUCACAGGCCCCAGAGAUCUGGUACAAUUCUCAGCCUGAGAUUAAGGGGACAGGAGAAUGGAUUCAUAGGAGGCCAGAUGGCCAGCCCCGGCUAGAGUCUCAGCCUUCCCUCAGUGGGAGGGGCCCCAGCACCCACAGUGUGGACCCCACAAUAAAGAGUGACACCCACC